AAACACAAGUCACACUCAGCUGCUUACUCUAUACACUGUGCAAUAGGAUCCUAGCCAUCCCUGCCUGACUCCAAUGCAGAAAGAGCACAGCUGCACUCAGCACCUUGGUACCCUGUAUCAUCAUACUGGCUGCAGGGUAUAGGAGAGAGAGUGCCCACAGGAGUCAGAUCCAGCCUGCUGGGUAGAGGGGACAGACCUCAGUGCCCACAGAAGAGUGAGCUCCAGCCUGCAGGGUACAGAGGAUAGACAUCAAUGCCUAUGUAGAGGUGAACUCCAGAGAAGAUAGACCUCAGUGCCUACCAAGAGUGGAGCUUCAGCCUGCAGGGUACAGAGGAUAGACCUCAGUGCCUACCAAGAGGUGAGCUUCAGCCUGCAGGGCAGAUAGACUAGACCUCAUUGCCUACAGAAGAGUAAGCCACAGCCUGAAGGGAAGAGAGGAUAGACCUUAGAGGUGUGAGCUCCAGCCUGCAGGAUAGAGGGGAUAGACCUCAAUGCCAAUAGAGAAUAGGCUUCAACCUGUAAGAUAGAACCUCAGUGCCCGCAGAGGUGUGAGCUCAGUCCUGCAGAGCGGAAAAGAUAGCUUUCAGUCCCCAAAGAAGAGGUAGUUCCAGUCUAGAGUGUAGAGAGGAUAGACCUCAGUGCCCAAAGAGGAGUCAGCUCCAGUCUGUAGGAUAGAGAGUAUGUAUCUCAGUGUCUAUAGUUGAGUGAGCUCCAGAAUUCAGAGUAGAAGGAUAGACCUCAGUGCCCAGUGUGAUCCAGCCUGCAGGGUAGAGAGGAUAACCCUCAGUGCCUACAGAGAAGUGAGCCCCAACCUUCAAUAAAGAGAGGAUUGACCUCAGUGCCCAUAGAGGAGAGUGAGGGGUUCUCAGUGUCUACAGGAAAGUGAGCUUAGCCUGCCAGGUACAGAAGAUAGCCCUCAGUGUCCAGUGUGAUACAAGCCUACAGGGUAGAGAGGAUAGACCUCAGUGGCCAGUGUGAUCCUGCCUGCCCACCCGGUGCCCAUCAUGAAGGGAUCUCCCAGCUGCCCAAUCAUGCUCAUCCUUACUUCCCUCUCCCUCCUCUGCGGAUCCUCAGCCUGUCCAUCCCGCUGUGAUGUCACGAGGUGCCCAAGCCCGGUCUGCCCUAGCGGGUACAUCCCCGAUCGAUGCAACUGCUGCCUGAUCUGCGCUGCGGGGGAAGGAGAGCCAUGUGGCCGGGAAGGAGACCCACCAUGUGGGGAUACUCUACACUGCAAGCCACCCACUGGCAAGAGGGGCACCAAGGGAACAUGCCAGUGCAAGCAAGACUACCAGGUGUGUGCCAAUGACGGGCAGACUUAUGACAACCUGUGCCAACUGAAACUUGCAAGUCGGAGGGCGCUGCAGCAAGGGCACCCCCCAGUGGUGCAGGUGCACAAAGGAGCCUGCCAAUCGGGUCACCAACAUCUCAACAGUCCGAGGUACAAAUUUAACUUCAUUGCUGAUGUGGUAGAGAAGAUCGCUCCAGCUGUUGUUCACAUUGAACUUUUUUUGAGGCAUCCGCUAUUUGGACGUAAUGUACCCAUGUCCAGUGGAUCAGGUUUUAUCAUAUCAGAUUUGGGUUUAAUUGUGACCAAUGCCCAUGUGGUGUCAAGCAGUAACACUGUAUCCGGUAGGCAGCACUUAAAGGUACAGCUGCACAAUGGGGACACCUAUGAAGCAACAAUAAAGGAUAUUGAUAAAAAAUCUGACAUUGCUACAAUCAAGAUCAAUUCAAAAAAAAAGCUGCCAGUCCUAACAUUGGGCCAUUCAGCAGAUCUAAGGCCUGGAGAGUUUGCUGUGGCUAUCGGAAGCCCAUUUGCCUUACAGAACACGGUGACCACAGGAAUAGUGAGCACAGCUCAGAGAGAUGGAAGGGAGCUGGGCUUGAGAGACUCUGAUAUGGAUUAUGUGCAGACUGAUGCCAUCAUUAAUUAUGGAAAUUCUGGAGGUCCUUUAGUAAAUUUGGAUGGAGAAGUAAUUGGUAUUAAUACUCUGAAAGUUGCAGCCGGAAUCUCUUUUGCAAUUCCAUCUGACCGCAUUACAAAAUUCAUGACUGAUACACAUGACAAAAAAAUUAAAGACGGGAAGAAGCGUUUCAUCGGGAUAAAGAUGCUGACUAUAACUCCUACACUUGUUGAAGAACUGAAACUAAACAAUCCAGAUUUUCCUGAUGUUAGCAGUGGGAUAUAUGUCCAUGAAGUGGUGCCCAAUUCACCAGCUCAGAGAGGUGGGAUCAAAGCCGGGGACAUCGUUGUGAAAGUUAAUGGGCGACCACUGAUGACAUCAACUGAUUUGCACACUGCUGUAAUAAAUGAAUCACCUUUACUACUUGAAGUUAGAAGAGGGAAUGAUGACCUUCUGUUUAACAUAGAACCUGACGUUUCGAUGUAAUGAAAAAAGAAAAACAAUAUAUAAAACAUUUAUACAAGUCAGAACAUUAAGCUCACAAAAUCAAAAUCCACCUAAUGGAAAGUUCUAAGAACCUUGCCUCAGUACGAUCAGAUGUUCUUUUGAAAAGCAUAUGGCAUAUUUUCCACUGAAACACUCGGAAAUGCAGCUGGUGCCAACUAUGGAAGGAUUGGAUCUGGCAAGAGAACUGUCUUUUUUUUCUGGUUUUUAUUCAAUGGAUGUGGAAUAGUUGCAGUAAAUGUUCUGCACAACAACAAAAAAUACCUCUUUUGGAGCCAGUGACUAUAUUCCUCCUGGUGGGUUAAUUGACAAUUUGAGCUGCGUCUGUACUGUACGUCAUGAACGAAGAACUUGCAGGUCAGUUGAAAAUUUCAAAGUUUUUUUUUAUCAUAAGAGGUACAGAGACAACUAAGGAGUAGAAGAAGUGUGGACACAUAUGACUUUCCUUAGGCUGUAGAAUAGAUUCUUUCUAUAAAAAAAAAGUAUAUAAACACCACUGUACAAAAUUAAGCAAAACACCAAAAUAUAACAUUACAUAAAACAUCUUGAAUUCAAUCCAAUAAAUAGAUGUUAGUAUACCAACUGUUUACAAGACCUAGUAGUUUUUGCCUUUAAGACAUGCAAAGCAAAAAUAAAUAGGCUUGUUUAAAUGCCCCCUCCGCAGCAACAUAUGUUUAUCUUUCCCUCUCUUACUUGCUGGUACUUCCAGGUGUGACAAAACAUAUAACUCACUCCUCUUCCUCUCAUAUGACAAUGUUGGUGAAAGACAAUUGGCAUGAUAUUUGAGGGUGGGAGUAGGAGUCCUUGGCACCAUGUAGCCCCAAAUAGAGAAAUGUAAAAUGUACACAAGGUUUGAGCUAUACAAUAUCCCGCCUUCUAAAUGCUACCCCUCAAUUCAGUUUAGCAGAAAGAAAAUACCUUUUUUGCUAUGUGGUCAUGUGAUCACAAAGCUCCAUCUCUUCUAUGUAAUGUAGAGGUACAACAAGGGAGCUGAAUCGAAAAGAGCAUUGAUGCCACCCAGUUGCGUUCACUGCUUUAGGCAUUGCCAGAGGGAAAGGGUGUUCCCUCGGACCAGCCAAACAUUUGCAUAGGGGAAAUGGAGCUGUGCAUAGAAAGACAAAAAUUAUUUUUGCUAAAAUGUGUGCAGGACAAUAGGGAACACUAGGGAGACAGAAUUUAAAAGGCGGUGUGUUGUAUUGCCAAACUUCUACUUUAAUUUCGUCACUCUUGGUGGAUGAAUGGAUCAAAGAAAGGUGUGCUGCUGGGUCAUCCUCUAACUGGGGGAUAGUGAUCUACAACGUAUUGUAUAUCUUAAUUAAAAAAAACUUACAAAGUCUUUAUUGAUUUAGCUUAGAAAUGGCUGCCUCCUCUGUUUUGCAGGCAACACAAAUAGUUUAACUAGUAUUGGCUAUCCAUUAGAAUUUUGUAAAAUCAUGUGAAUCAGGAAAUCAAAGGACCAGCAUUCUAUUUUUAACAUUGUCUAAGAAAAGUUGCUACCCUAUGUAAUGAAUAUAAUAGGUAUAAAAAAUAAGAAUCAAAAAAUAUUUACUGUACCCUCAAACUUUGGAUGACAAAAUGUGGAAGCACUCUUCAUGUGACAUCUGUUUUAUGGAAGCUUUAGCGUCCAUGUACACUGGGCUUAAAAAUUGCUGCUUCUACAGGAGUUUUGCAUCUUUGCCUGUAGAAGAAGCUCAAUAUUAUCCUAUGUGUCCAUGCACAUUAGGAUGAUUAGGGGCAUAUUUUGAGCUCAGCAUGUAGAGGCAGAAAAAAAAAUGCAUUUUUUAAAUGAGUUUACUGGCAGAAAAAAAAAGCUAAACGCGCCUUAACACCUGUACAAAAACGUUCCCCAUCAGCAAUUUUUUUUCCCAAAAGAACUAGAAUUUUUUUAUGCUCACUGUGCAUAGACCCUAAUGCCGCAUACACACGAUCGGACAUUCAGACAACAAAACCGUUUUUUCAGACGGAUGUUGGCUCGUACUUGUCUUGCAUACACACGGUCAUGUACAACACGUACGACGGUACUAUAAAAGGGAAGUUCAAUACCAAGAACGCAACCUUUUGGGUUCCUUCUGCUAACCUUGUGUUAGUAGAAGUUUGGUGAGAGACGAUUUGUGCUUUUUAGCCUCGUGCUUUUCAGUCCGUUACUGCUCCGUUAGAAGAGCAGUCCGUCAGAAGAGAAUGCGCUGCGUUAAAAGAUUUAAAAAUUUGCAGUGUGACGAAUGUGCUAUCUCCAUUAUGAACGCUAGUUUUACCAGACCGAGUGA